ACAAAUAAAAAACAGAAACAAAGACACUAAAUUUAUAGCAAAAAUGAAAAACAUUGCAGGAUACUGUGGGGAAGGCUGUAUGACGCCCUAAAACGAAAGGGAGGCGUGAGAUACUGCAGAUCACAAGGAAGGGGAACGGGCUGCGUGUUCAAGUUACUAUAAGCAAGUGAGGGAGGGUGUGAGAGCAAGGUGCGACGAGAAGGGCUGGAGGAAGCGUACGGAUUGAUUUGGGUUAGAUCAUAAUCGACAUGUCAGGUCGGAUACGGCAAGGCUUUUAUCGUCAGGAGGUGAACAAAACUGAAUGGGAAGUGCCGGAGAGGUACCGGGAGCUGCGGCAGGUCGGGACGGGGGCUUACGGCACGGUGUGCUCGGCGCUGGACCGCAGGACAGGGGUACAAGUGGCCAUUAAGAAACUCCACAGGCCUUUCCAGUCGGAGCUCUUCGCCAAACGAGCGUACCGCGAGCUGAGGCUUCUGAAGCACAUGAAGCACGACAACGUGAUUGGGCUGCUUGAUGUCUUCACUCCUGAGAUUUCCAUGGACAGGUUCCAGGAUUUUUACCUGGUGAUGCCCUUCAUGGGUACGGAUCUGGGCAAGCUGAUGAAGCUGCAGAAACUGUCAGAAGAGAGGGUGCAAUUCCUCGUCUACCAGAUUCUCAAGGGACUUAAGUACAUCCACUCAGCUGGGGUCAUCCACAGGGACCUGAAGCCAGGAAACCUGGCUGUCAAUCAAGACUGUGAGCUCAAGAUCCUGGACUUCGGGCUGGCUCGGCAAGCUGACAGUGAGAUGACCGGCUACGUGGUCACCCGCUGGUACCGGGCCCCAGAGGUCAUCCUCAGCUGGAUGCACUACACCCAGACCGUGGACAUCUGGUCGGUGGGCUGCAUCAUGGCGGAGAUGCUGCUUGGAAAACCUCUAUUCAAAGGUCACGACCACUUGGAUCAGCUGACAGAAAUCAUGAAGGUUACAGGCACCCCAACUCAGGAAUUUAUCAUGAAACUGCAGAGUCAAGAUGCCAAAAAUUACAUCAAGAGGCUGCCAAAAGUUCAGAAGAAAGAUCUGAAGGAUGUCUUUGCCAACAUCAAUCCAGAUGCCAUGACCCUCCUGGAGCGCAUGCUGGUGCUGGACCCUGAGAAGAGAGUGAGUGCGGCCGAGGCUCUCACGAUGCCGUUCUUUGCCGAGUUCCGGGAACCUGAAGAAGAGACAGAGGCCCAGCCCUAUGACCACUCGCAGGACAAUGCUGAGCUGACACUGGAGCAGUGGAAACGGCACACGUUCACCAAGAUCCUGUCGUUUCAACCAGCAGUCCUAGAGUCCAAAGAGACAUCUUUAUGAGUCGAGUUAAUCUUCAUGUCACCCUCCUGAGUCUGAACCUGUACAUUCCUUUGUUUUAAAAGUGUGUAUCUCUUUAUGACACAGUGUGUUUUCUUGUGCACAUUCAGUUCACUGCACUUCUGUGUGUGUGCACACUGGCACAUGUGUACUGCUGGAGACAUGUGUGUGUGUGUGUGUGUGUGUGUGUGUGUG